AUGCAGCUGCUGCGCCAGGCUGCUGUCAACCCCAAGGACAAUGUCCUGGACUACCUGGUGCGGUACUUUGCACCCCAGAUGGCAAUUUCAAUCACCCCUCAAGGUGCCGCGAAGCUGUACGACGAGGCCGCCAGGCUGCCCCACACUCGGACGCGCGCGGCGCUGGAAUGCUCUGAGGGCAUCACCUUGAACGGGCCUGUCGCAGCUGGCGCAAGCCGCAGCGUGCUCAUCGGCGAUGGCAGGGAGGUUCGUCAUGGCAUCCUGAUGCCUGCCUACGUAAUGUCACUGCAGCAGGUGUCACACCUGGAUGAGCUACCCGCCCUCAAGCUCGCCCAGCGCAUGGCGCUGGCGCUCAAGGCAUUGCACAGUGCCGGGCUUGUGCACAGCGACGUGAAGCCCUCCAACGUGUUCCUGGACUCUGAGGGCAGCAGCUACCUGGGUGACUACGGCGCCGCCGUAAAACAAAAGGAGCCUGUGCGCGAGUGGACAGACGUGUUCAUGCCGACGGACAUCGACAGUCGCAUGCUGACCGCAGCGCACCCGUGCAUCGACGCCAUGGCGCUCGCAGCGACGGUGCUGACUGCGCUGCGCAAGAUGCCUGGCACCCGCGGGCAGCAGGGGCACCAGGGAAUGGCCACCCCAGAGCCGUUCACGCUACAGGAGCUUAGGGAGGGGGCGCAGCGGGUCGAGAACG